AUGCAUUCCCUCGAUCAACGCCACGCCCCCUAUGUUGAUAUAAAUAGCCACGAGGCGACUGCAGCCUUCCUUGGGCGAAUGGCUCCCCCGCGCCAGACAAAUGCCCUCCAUCGCUGCAGAAUGCCGCCCAACAUCCUGGACGAGGAGACCAGCGCCGACGUGGAAGUCAACGAGGACUCGUCGGUCCAGCUGAGAUGCGCCGCCGAUGGCUACCCCGCCCCCGAGAUCAUCUUCAAGCGGGAGGACAGCAAACACAUACCCAUCGGCAACGGCAACGUCAAGGCAUCCAGCGAAACGGAGAGCGUGGAGGAGGUGAAACGGACGACCGGGAUCCUCUCGUUCAAGGCGGUCAAGCGGACGGACAUGGGACACUACCUGUGCAUCGCCUCCAACACGGUGCCGCCCUCCGUCAGCAAGCGGGUCGUCCUCAACGUCAGAUAUCGAGAGCCGGAGGUGGAGGUCAACCUGCAGAUGAUCGGCGUCUACCGAGGCGACGACGUGGCCAUCAACUGCACGGUGACAGCCUACCCGCGCCCCGUCGUCCUCUGGCAGGACAGCUUCGGGAAAAUGAUCAUCUCAGGCGGUCGCUACGAAGUGGUCGAGAAGCUGCUGCGGGAGAGUCCUCCGGUCAUCCAGACUUCGCUCAUCAUCAAGAGUCUGCAGCCCGAGGACAUCACCAGCUACCGGUGCAACGCGUCCAUAGAUAACGACAAGAUGAAGGAGAAGAGCGUCACGGUGCAGCUCAACGAGAUCAUCAGGCCGUCGACAGAAUCCUCGUUUAGCCAAGACAUCCAUUAUAAAGCUCCCCGCCAGAGGAUGACUCCCAAGAAGUCUCUCUCCAAACACAGCCGAGUUAAUGACAUUGCGGAGCGCUAUGAGAAACCCACCAGCUUCGUCCCAGGCACGUACCUCCACCCCAACAUCGGGCACGUGAACUCCGACGACCCUUCCAGCGCCUCGGGCAUCGGGCAGUCGCGAUGCAGCAGCUCCAGAUUAGUCUUCGUCCUGGUCGGCUGGGGGAUGCUCUGCCAAGCCCUGAGGGGACGUGCAUGAUUUUUAACGUGAUGAUGAUAAUUAUGUAAAAUAAAACUUUAUUUUUACUGGUGAUAAUUAUAGCGAACUUGUUGCUAUUUCUAAGAAAAUAACGAGACAUUCAUGAGUAUUGUAUACACGUUGUCAUAGAUACAGCUCCGCACAAGGCAGUGCUACGGACACGUGUUGAUGACAUGGUAUCUGAUGAAGUAAAGUGAAAGGGAAGGAAAGAGAGAGAGAAAAUGAAGGUGGAGUGUAAGUAACAGUGAUGACGGGGAGAGGAACAUGGCUGUCAUGAAAAACGAAUGAAUAAUGACAAUAAAAAUGUGAAAAUGAAUAGAGAGGAAUGCGAUUUCUAGGUGAAAGUGACAUUGAGACAUCGUCUUAACAAUAAUAAAUAGAUUGAUAACUAAAAAAAAUUAGAAGAUUAUUUCAUCAUGUAAUAUAGCUUUCCUGUUCAUAUUCUCGGAAAGCUAUUAAAUGUGUGAGGAAAAUGCAUUCCAAAGUCUGACAACACAGUACGCUAUCUCCUCCAAGAAAUAUAAUCUGAUUUUGCCUUCUAGGCGUUACCGGACUUGUGGGUGAUCCUGGAGACACAGAAGAUGAGCCGAUAUAGAAGACGGCAGAAAAUUAAAAAAUGUUGAAAGAGAAAGAGAGACGGAGAGAGAGAG